AUGCCGUGUCCACAACCUGAUGAUCCACCGCCUUCUGACGCAGUGACGGCUCAUGGGACCCACCCGUCCACCACAUGUGUUCGGUGCAAAACCAACCCUGCGAUCACCAUCCUUCGCGAUUCAAUCUACUGCCAAGCUUGUGCGCUUGCUGUCUUCUACCAAAAAGCAAAAGCCGGACUUGAGUAUGCACGUGGUGCAGGGCUCUCUAAAUACGUCGCUGCAGCGAAAGCAGCGAGCUCUGCAGCUGGGAGCCCCGCCGAAUCAAGACAGACGUUUUCCUCGUCCACUUCUACGUUUCCUCCAGCCGCAAAUGGAGAAGCAACAACCAAACGGCGCAUCAAGCACGUCAGCAAUGGCAGCGGAAACGCCGAAGAGAAUGUCUCGGCUAACAUCGCCAUCGCCUUCUCAGGCGGUAUUAGCUCAAGAGCGCUCCUGCGCUCGGCCACGCAGUACUUUCGACCCGCUACCGCUUUCACCAACCGAGACACACGGCGCAGAAAGGCUCGUGGCCAAGUCGUCGACAGCAACAACAACGAUAACGACAGCGGCACAGCUUCGAUCUCAUCUAAAUCGAUGCGUGGUGCAUCUACCGCAGCCGGAAGGUUCAACGAAGUGGGCAAGAUCUACGUGUUUUACAUAGACGACAGCGCUGUGGUACCGAACGGUGUGGAUCGGACGGAGCAGGCACGUAGAAUGGUGGAAGAGGAAGGCUGUGCGGACCUACAUUUUGUCGGGCUGAAGCUGCACGAUGUUUUCCGUGCGGAUGAUGACGGCGGAUUUCAGGGUGUGGCUUGGAGAUCGGUCGAUGUGGACCACCAGCAGGUCUCGGCUAGUAUCUCGGACGUCUCUGAUCCAAGACAGGCGCUCAAGGACCUCUUCUCAUCGCUUUGCCCCGUAGAUACGCCUCGCACAGGCGCAGCAUCAGCCAGAACCCGAAUUGAAGAUCUGCAUCGAAUUUUCAUCUCAACGCUGCUACGACGCACCGCGAAACAGUACGAUUGCGCUGCACUCUUGCUCGGAGACACAGCGACGCGGAUCUCGAUCCGCCUGAUCGAAGACCUAGCCAAAGGUGCAGGUCACAAGAUACCCGUCCAGGGAUCUGACGCAGCGUGGAUCGAUGACCUCCUGAUCGUGCGACCAUUGAAAACGCACCUUCUCCAAGAAGUCGUUUUCUACACGUCCCAACUCAACCUCGAUCCAUUGCAGCCCGAGCAACCCAUCGUCGCACCUACCGUGUCGACCACUGGCAUCCUAGCCUCCAACAGCUCCACUCCAGCUAUGGAUAAGAGCUCUAUCGCCAGGCUGACCGAGACGUUUAUCCUCAACCUUGAAAAAGGCGUACCCAGCACGGUGACUACGAUCGGCAAAACGGGCAGUAAGCUCGUCCUCAACGGGGCUCCUGGCUUUCCCACCACCACUUGGACAGAUGUUGCGCAUUCAACGAGCGCAUUUCGGGACGUUGGACCGAGCGUAUCUCUAUCGUCGCGCCUCACGCACCGGAUGGCGAAUGUGACACUCGCUGAGACGCAGUGCGAGCCAAGGAUCGGAUCACGCGGGAUCAAGCUGGCGCAGCUAAGUGCCAACUGCGUACGAUGGAACUCGAUCAAUGGCUGCGCACUUUGUGCAAUGCCGAGCCAACAUCCGAAAGCGAGGUGGUGGAAGAGAGAUAUCACGAUCUCAUCCUUAGCAGAAACUGCGCCUCGUAGUCGACAGACUGUCGAAACGCAAGCUACGUGCCAGAGUAGCGAGCAAGCAGACUGGCUCGAAUUGUGCAACCACCUCUGCUACGCAUGUUUACUCGUUCUCUCACCCGCAAUUUCGUCAGCACAUCCAGCCAUGUUACCGUCCACCGUGUUACACCACAUCCACCGUUCGACUCACCAUGCUGGUGCGCAACAUCCACACCACAUCGCCUCGAGACCGCUCGCAGACGACCACGAGCUUCCCCCUGAGCACAAAACCAAUCAAGCCGCUUGUGCCACGCACAACAUGCCAAACCCCAUCCCACAGCCACUCAAGCCGUCCCAAAUCAAGGCGCACAUCAGCGAGUUUCUGAUCGAAUAA